CUUUUUGAAAUUCAAAUAAAAGGUUGUUGCAUUUAACACGAUAGUUUCUUUAAUUUUCUAGAUAAAGUAACUAUGUCUGAAGAACGUUUCAGCUUCCCUCGUGAAGAGGAGAAGAUCAUCGAGAAGUGGGACGAGUUGGACGCUUUCCAAAGAUCCGUCCAAUUGACCGAAGGUCUCCCACCAUUUUCCUUUUUCGAUGGUCCCCCAUUUGCUACCGGUACUCCUCAUUAUGGUCACAUCUUGGCCUCCACCGUGAAAGAUAUCAUCCCAAGAUAUGCCACCAUGACUGGUCACCACGUUGAAAGACGUUUUGGUUGGGACACUCAUGGUUUACCAGUUGAGUAUGAAAUUGACAAGAAGUUGGGUAUCACUGGUAAGGCUGAUGUCAUGGCCAUGGGUAUCGACAAGUACAACGCCGAGUGUCGUGCCAUUGUCAUGAGAUACGCUGAUGACUGGCGUAAGACCAUCCGUAGACUUGGUAGAUGGAUUGAUAUGGACAACGAUUACAAGACCUUGUACCCAGAAUUCAUGGAAUCUGUCUGGUGGGCUUUCAAGGAGUUAUUCAAGAAGGAUGCUGUCUACAAGGGUUUGCGUGUCAUGCCAUACUCAACUGGUUUGACCACUCCUCUUUCCAACUUUGAGGCCCAACAAAAUUAUAAGGAUGUCAAUGACCCAGCUGUCACCAUUGGUUUCCCACUUGUAGAUGAUGAAAACACCUGGUUGGUUGCUUGGACCACCACCCCAUGGACCUUGCCUUCUAACGUUGCUCUUGCCGUUAACCCAGCCCUUGAGUACGUGAAGAUUUUUGACGAAGAAAAGCAAAGACACUACAUUUUGCUUGAAGCCUUGUUGAAGACUUUGUAUAAGAAGCCUGCUGCUGCCAAGUACAAGGUUGUCGAAAAGAUUCAAGGUAAGGAUUUGGAAGGCCUUAAGUACAUUCCUCUCUUCAACUACUUUGAAAAGGAAUUUGAAGGUCAUGGUUUCAGAGUUAUCUGUGCCGACUACGUUACCGCCGAUUCUGGUACUGGUGUUGUCCAUCAAGCUCCAGCUUUUGGUGAAGAGGAUUUCCAAGUUGCCACCAAGGCUGGUGUUAUCUCUGAAAAGAGAACUCCACCAAACCCAGUUGAUGACCAAGGUAAGUUCACUUCUCAAGUUCCAGACUAUGAAGGUGUCUAUGUUAAGGAUGCUGACAAGCUCAUUAUCAAGAGAUUGACAGAAGAAGGCAGACUUCUUGUCGCAACCCAAAUCAAGCAUUCGUACCCAUUCUGUUGGAGAUCCGACACUCCUUUGUUAUACCGUACUGUUCCAGCUUGGUUCGUUCGUGUUGCUGACGUUGUUCCUGACAUGUUGGACAACAUUGACAAGACUCACUGGGUUCCAGGUCACGUCAAGGAAAAGAGAUUCUCCAACUGGAUUGCUAACGCUAGAGAUUGGAAUGUUUCCAGAAACAGAUACUGGGGUACUCCAAUUCCUUUGUGGGCCAGUGAUGACUUUGAAGAAAUUGUCUGUGUUGGUUCUAUCCAAGAAUUGAGAGAAUUGUCUGGCCGUGACGACAUCACUGACAUCCAUCGUGACAGCAUUGAUGAUAUCACCAUUCCUUCCAAGCAAGGUAAGGGUCAAUUAAAGAGAAUUGAAGAAGUCUUUGAUUGUUGGUUUGAAUCUGGUUCUAUGCCUUACGCUUCCAAGCAUUACCCAUUCGAAAACAAGGAUACUUUCAAGGAUGCUUUCCCAGCUAACUUUAUUUCUGAAGGUUUGGAUCAAACCAGAGGUUGGUUCUACACCUUAACUGUAUUGGGUACCCACUUGUUUAAGACUGCUCCUUACAAGAAUGUCAUUGUCAGUGGUAUUGUUUUGGCUGCUGAUGGUAAGAAGAUGUCCAAGAGAUUGAAGAACUACCCAGAUCCAACUAUUGUUCUUGACAAGUAUGGUGCUGAUGCUUUGAGAUUGUACUUGAUCAACUCUCCAGUCUUACGUGCCGAAACUUUGAAGUUCAGAGAAGAAGGUGUCAAGGAAGUUGUUUCCACAGUCUUGUUGCCAUGGUACAACUCUUUCAACUUCUUGAAGGAUUCUAUCGAUUUAUUCAAGAAGGAUAACGGUGUUGACUUCCAAUACGACUCCAAGCUUAUCUCCGAAAAUGUCUUCGACAGAUGGGUAUUGGCUUCUCUUCAAUCCUUGAUUAAGUUCAUUCACCAAGAAAUGCAAGGUUACCGUUUGUACACUGUUGUUCCAAGAUUGUUGUCUUUCAUUUCUGGCUUGACUAACUGGUACAUUCGUUUGAACCGUACUCGUCUUAAGGGUUCUGCCAGUGGUGUUGAAGAUACCAAGAAGGGUCUUAACACUUUGACCGAAGCUUUGUUCACCUUAAAUAGAGCUAUGGCUCCAUUCACUCCAUACUUGGCUGAUAACUUAUACCAAAGAAUGAAGUCUUACUUUUCUGUUGCUGAAUUGGAAAAGUACUGUGUCAACCCAGCAGUCAAGGAUAUUGGUUCCAUUCAUUUCUUGUCUUACCCAACUGUAAGAGAAGAAUUGUUUGACGAUGCCAUCGAAGUUGCAGUUGGUAGAAUGCAAAAGGUUAUUGACUUGGGUCGUAACAUCAGAGAAAGCAAGACUAUCUCCUUGAAGAACCCAUUGAAGGAAUUGGUCAUCUUGCACUCUGACCCUGACUACUUGAAGGAUGUUGAAUCCUUGAAGACUUAUAUCAUUGAUGAAUUGAACGUCAGAAACUUGGUCAUCACUUCUGAUGAAGCUGCAUACGGUGUUGAAUACACUGCUGUUGCUGACUGGCCAGUUUUGGGUAAGAAGUUGAAGGGUGAUGCCAAGAGAGUCAAGGCUGCUUUGCCAAAGGUUUCUUCUGAAGACGUCCAAGCCUUCGCCAAGUCUGGUAAGAUCACUGUUGAUGGCAUUGACUUGAUUGCCGAAGAUUUACAAGUUCAACGUGGUUUACCAGCUGACAAGGCUGCCUCUGGUAUGGAAACCAGAUCUGAAAGAGAUGUUUUGAUCAUUUUGGAUGUCAAGCUUUACCCAGAAUUGCAAAACGAAGGUUAUGCUAGAGAAUUGAUCAACCGUAUCCAAAGAUUGCGUAAGGCUUCUGGAUUGAACACCACUGACGAAGUUAGAGUUCAAUACGAUUUGAUUAAUGACACCAUUGACUUUGAAAAGGUCAUCAAAGAUAAUGAAGCUGUCUUGCUCAAGUCUACUAAGAGGGCUUUGACCAAGUUCACUGAUGUGGAUGCCAGCUCCGUCAUUGCUGACGAAGAGCAAUCCAUUAACGACACAAAGUUCAAGUUGAGAUUAUUGAAGCUUGAAUAAGCACAACGAAAUUAGAAAAUUUAUACAAGUAUAUAU